UCCUACAAAUGGCGACCAGUGCUCAGAAUGAAGCAGAGACAAAGCUCAUUUAUUUGUGCAGCAAAGAAAAUAAAGAGGUGGCUAAUAUAUUGACUGAUGUGAGAGAGAUACUGGAUGAUCCUUCAGUUAGAGUGGAUGCCACAGAUAAGGAUGGUAUGACUGGUCUGAUGCAUGCUGCUUUUGGUGGCAACGUCAAAUUAUGUAAAUUAUUAAUAGAGAAAGGAGCUGAUGUUAAUAGCAACCUACACUCACAAGGAUACACUGCUCUCAUGUUUGCCACAAUAUCAGGUAGUGCCCCAGUAGUUCAGUUACUGCUAGAGAAAGGAGCUAGUGUCACUGCUACUAACAAUGUCAAUAGAACUGCCGCUCAGAUGGGAGGAUUCGUAGGACAAAGAGAAUGUGUUAAUAUUAUUAAUGGAUACUUUCCUAUUGAGAGACUAAAAUACUACACGCAGCCACAAGGUGGGGGUCUUGAGACGAGUCCGAAGUUAGAUCCGGUAUUACUUGAACCACUUCAUUCAUUAAUUACUAAUAAUGUGAUACACCCAGUGAAAUUUGUUUUGCUAAUAAAAGAUAAAGAUCUCCACAGACAUCAGCAUCAGGUGUGCAGUGUAUUGAGGAUAUUGAUAGACAAAUCAUUUCAUGAAGACAAUGAACCUUUUUCAUUGAAGCUUCAUCUCAUUUGGUGUACAGUGAAAGAAUGUAAUACUACUGGAACUGAUGAGCUUCUGAAGAAAUUGCUACAACAAACUGAAGAUUGUAAAUCACUAGAAGUUGAGAAGUAUCUCAGAUUGUGCAUUAAAUCCUAUCCACACGUCCAUUCAGUUUUAUUUAAACAGUUAGUCCAAGUGGUUGCUGACACAUCCCUUGGAGAUCAACCUACCACACUAACACAAGUGAUUGCUGCCAUACAAGGAAACAGAGGUUUUAUUGAUCAAGAAUCAUGUUCUACUUGUGGGACAACUUCUAAAAAUGUUAAGAAAUGCUCAAAAUGCAAGAAAGUUUGGUAUUGCAAUGUGGAGUGUCAGAGGUUAUCAUGGACCCUUGGUAAUCAUAAGAAAUUGUGUAAAAUUUGGUCGGGACAGAAUCAAGAAAAAUCAAAGUAACGUUUUUCGAUGACUCUAACAAACUACAACAGUGACAUCAAUUUAAUGAUGAUUGCUGAUUUUUAAAAUA